AUGGAGAGAACGUCUAACACUGGACAUCUGUGUGGUACUGUGACUGGUAAACCUGACAUUCCUGACGUGGUGAUCAUCACCUGUGACGUCAACGCGAGAUAUGUGACAGUCUACCAAGAAACGGAUAAUGGUGGAUCAACCGCCCUGGACUUCCUGGAAGUUGAAGUCUAUGCAUGUGCCCAGGGUAUGUACGGCUCCAACUGUAUCAGGUCGUGUGCUGCUCGUCACUGUGAUUCUCAAUACACGUCUCCGUGUCUUGUAGCUACUGGAAAAUGUUCUUGGGGAUGUGACCCAGGAUGGAAGGGUGACGACUGUACACAAGCAUGUGUCCAGGGUAUGUACGGCUCCAACUGUAUCAGGUCCUGUGCUGCUCGUCACUGUGAUUCUCAAUACACGUCUCCGUGUCCUGCAGCUACUGGAAAAUGUUCUUGGGGAUGUGACCCAGGAUGGAAGGGUGACGACUGUACACAAGCAUGUGUCCAGGGUAUGUACGGCUCCAACUGUAUCAGGUCGUGUGCUGCUCGUCACUGUGAUUCUCAAUACACGUCUCCGUGUCCUGCAGCUACUGGAAAAUGUUCUUGGGGAUGUGACCCAGGAUGGAAGGGUGACGACUGUACACAAGCAUGUGUCCAGGGUAUGUACGGCUCCAACUGUAGCAAGUUGUGUGCUGCUCGUCACUGUGAUUCUCAAUACACGUCUCCGUGUCCUGCAGCUACUGGAAAAUGUUCUUGGGGAUGUGACCCAGGAUGGAAGGGUGACGACUGUACACAAGCAUGUGUCCAUGGUAUGUACGGCUCCAACUGUAUCAAGUCGUGUGCUGCUCGUCACUGUGAUUCUCAAUACACGUCUCCAUGUCCUGCAGCUACUGGAAAAUGUUUUCGGGGAUGUGACCCAGGAUGGAAGGGUGACGACUGUACACAAGCUGAUGCCGACUCAGGACGAUUCACCAGGAAUAGCAUGGUGACUCGCUAUGACUCGCCAAGAUUCACGCCGACGCGGGACGAUUUAACACAACAUUUGUGA